CUUUGAUCCCGAUAAGCAGCCAUUUCACCCAUUUCCCCCCCCCUGGUAACAAGCUUUAUCGUAAUAAUCAUACUCAUAAUUGACAAGGCCUCAGCCCACCAAAAAGGACAUGGACCCAUCUUAAAACUCUCAACUUUUCGUCAUUCCCUUGAAAACAAUCCUACUUCAAAUCGCCGGACCUUGUCAAUACACACAUCUCAUAUCUUAAACUUUAUUCCUCAGUCUUCACUGCUUUUUAAUUAUACCCAAAAUCCCUUUCGUCCUCUUCUCAACCCAUCUCAACUUCAUUCCUUUUACUUUCAACACAAACAACUCAAAAAAUCAUCAUGGCUCCUCAACCCCCACCACCCCUCGAAGGGAAGAAACGACGCAUCGCCAUCAUGACCAGUGGAGGUGAUUCUCCUGGUAUGAAUGGUGUUGUACGAGCUUGCGUCCGAAUGGCAAUUUACAAAGGAUGUGAACCAUAUUGUAUCUAUGAAGGAUAUGAAGGUUUAGUCCAAGGAGGAAAAUUGAUACAGAAGAUGGGCUGGGAGGAUGUUCGUGGAUGGCAAUCGGAAGGAGGUACUCUUAUUGGUACCGCCAGAUGUAUGGCUUUCUAUGAACGACCUGGCAGAUUGCAAGCUGCAAAAAAUAUGGUGUUGAGUGGUAUCGAUGCUCUCAUUAUUUGUGGUGGAGAUGGUUCCUUAACUGGAGCUGAUAAAUUCAGAGCCGAAUGGCCCGGCUUAAUCAAGGAAUUGAUUGAGAAGAAGGAAUUAUCUGAACAACAAGUCGCUCCAUUCAAACAUCUCAAUAUCGUUGGAUUGGUUGGUUCAAUUGAUAAUGAUAUGUCCGGCACGGAUGCUACGAUUGGUUGCUUUUCAGCCCUUGGCAAAAUUUGUGAGAUGGUGGAUUAUAUUGAACAAACCGCUUCGUCACAUUCAAGAGCUUUCGUUAUUGAAGUUAUGGGUAGACAUUGUGGUUGGUUGGCCUUGAUGGCAGGUGUUGCUACUGGUGCAGAUUUCGUUUUCAUUCCGGAAAAACCAAGAGCAGAUAACUGGAAAGAAGAGAUGUGUAAGAUCAUUCAAAAGGUAUGUCUGGUCUAUCAUUAUAAGAUAAACUUAUCCUAACAAUCACACAGCAUAGACAAUUGGGAAAGAGAAAGACGAUUGUUAUUGUUGCUGAAGGUGCUCAUGAUCAGGGAGGAAACAAAAUCUCUCCCGAAUUGAUCAAAGAUCUUCUUGCAGAUAAAAACGGGCUCGCGCUUGACACCCGUAUAUCUACAUUAGGUCAUGUUCAACGUGGUGGUUCUGCAUGUGCUUAUGAUCGAUACCUUUCUACCCUACAAGGUAUUGAGGCAGUAAAUGCUGUUCUUGAAGCCACCCCAGAAACAGUAACUCCAUUCAUCGCAAUUAACGAGAACAAAAUUACGAGAAAACCACUGGUUCAAUCAGUCAUCGAUACUCAAGAAGUAGCAAAGGCUAUUGAAGCAAGAGAUUUUGAUAGAGCUAUGUCAUUGAGAGAUGCAGAAUUCUCUGAUUUCCAUGAUUCUUACAUGACUACCACAGCUACUGAUCUUAAUAAUGACAUGCGUCUCCCUGAUAAGAAGGUCAGUGAUAUCAAUACCUUAGCUCUACUAAUACUAACAUCGAAUAGCACAUGAGAAUUGCUAUCGUACAUGUUGGAGCUCCAGCUGGUGGUGUUAAUGCUGCCACACGUGCAGCAGUUGCUUACUGCUUAACUCGUGGACAUACACCAAUUGCUAUUCAUAACGGAUUCGCUGGAUUCGCUCGUCAUCAUCAAGAUAAUCCAGGAUCUGUUAGAGAAUUUGAUUGGUUAGAAGUUGAUGGAUGGGCUAGUAAGGGUGGUUCAGAAAUUGGUAUGAAUCGUGAACUUCCAUCAGAAUCCGGAAUGCCAUUGAUUGCAUCACUUUUUGAAAAAUUUAAGAUUGAUGGUCUUCUCAUCAUUGGAGGUUUCGAAGGUUUCCACGCAUUAUCCGAACUUCGUCAAGCAAGAGAGAUAUAUUCUUCCCUUUGCAUUCCCAUGACUUUACUUCCAGCAACUAUAUCCAACAACGUUCCAGGAACAGAAUACUCAAUUGGUACUGAUACUUGUUUGAAUGAACUUGUUCGUUAUUGCGAUACCAUCAAACAAUCAGCUUCAGCUUCUCGUCGUCGUGUUUUUGUUAUCGAAACUCAAGGAGGUCGAUGUGGUUAUGUCGCUGCAAUGGCUGGUCUUGCUGUUGGUGCAUCAGCUGUUUAUACUCCUGAGGAAGGUGUUAGUAUCGCUAUGCUCUCAGCAGAUAUCGCACAUCUUAGAGAAGUUUUCGAAAAAGACAGAGGUCAAACAAGAGCUGGUCGUCUAAUUCUCAUCAAUGAGAAGGCAUCAAAGGUUUAUCACGCUAAACUAAUUGCUGACAUGAUCCGCGAAGAAGCCGGCGAACGUUUUGAAUCCAGAGAUAGCAUCCCAGGUCACGUUCAACAAGGUGGUACUCCGUCCCCAAUGGAUCGUACCCGAGCUGUUCGCUUAGCUAUCAAAUGUAUUGAACAUCUCGAAAAAUACGAAGCUAAAACAGAUAAAGAAAUUAUCGAGGAUAAACAAAGUUCGACAGUUAUUGGUAUUAAGGGUGCACAAGUAGUCUUCUCUAAUAUGGUUGAUGUCGAGGAGAAUGAAACGGAUUGGCCUAAUCGAAGACCAAGGGAUGAAUUUUGGUCUGGAGUUAAGGGAGCAGUAGAUAUUCUUGCUGGUAGACCUGAUGUACCAAGACCGGUAAGAAAGUUGGUAGGUUGGAAGGCGAAGGAUGUUAAGAGAGGUUUGAUGUGAGGGGGUGAUGGGGUGAUGGUAUGAUUGAUGGUAGAGAAUAUUUUUAUAUGGGAUGAUUGAGGUACUGGGUAUUUGUCCUAGAAUGAUGAAUUUGGUUGGGAGAAUGAUUCAAUCAGACGAGAUGAGAAUAGGAUUAAAAAAUGAGGAACGCGAUACGAGGAAAGAAAUUGAUGGGAUGCAAUGUUUUGAUGGAGAUGAAUGAAUGACUGAAAUGAAAUGAAUUCAGUUUAGGUGAAUUGAGUUGAGAUGCAGUAACUAGUAUAAAUACAAAUAUAGGUAUUCAUAAUCAAUUUUAGCUAGUGGAUA